UUUUUCUUUCUAUUCUUUUUAAUGGUAGGUUAAGUAUUCGAUACAUUGUCUCUCAACCCUCUUAAUUCUUAAUGUCGCAAAUACUUGUGAUACUGGUUAGUAGGUGGGGCGUAGUUAGUUGCUAGCAAUUUAGUUUGGUAUAUAUCCUGCUGAUGAUAAUGAAAUAACACCAAAUUAGACGAAGAGGUGAGGAAAAGAAUCAGACCCUUUAAUGUUUCUAAAUGAAUAGCAGGAUUAACAAACGUUCUAUGUUUGAACGUUUUAUCUUCUUCAAGCUUGUGAUUCCCUUGUAAUAAGAGGGUUAUAGCUUUCCUUAGGUGGUUUUUGAAUGCAACCUUUCUUCUCAGUUAAUACAUCCUUUAUCAUCUCUGGGUCUAAUAUGAUCAACAGUUCUUAUUUGUGAUCAAACUGUAUGUUGUAACUUCGAUGAACAUAAAUUGUAUUGGUGGGCAUGUGCCUGUUGGUAGAAAUGAGUAUUACAAGCUUUAUCAACUAUGACAGCGGACAGUAAAAGAUUUCACCUGUUUUUUUGUUUCGCGAAUGUCAGUUGUUUGAUUUUUUAGCCAGUUGUUGAUGCGGCUUAGUAAAGUAUGAGCUGAAUGAUAUAAAAAAAUUUUAGAUUCGGUUAAGAAUGGCUGUUGCCACUAUUUCCAACGGGAGAUAUUCCUACUACCAUGAUGAGCAAACUGGGUCAUGCAAUGUGAUCGACUCCCAUCAUAUUGUGGUCCAGCAGAGUACUAUGAAGUGUUUCCUAUUAUACGUCACCAUUCUUCUGUUGUUGGCGAAUGUUGUAUCUCUCAUACUGCUUCAGGAAACACCAGGUGUAUUGUUCUUCUGGAUCAAUUUAUUUGGUAUCAUAAUUGUCAAGUCAUUGCACUGGAACUCAAUUGAGAAAGAGUCUGUUUUGAUUAUGCCAGGACUUGGAGUUCAACUUGAAACACACUUCAGAAGCGGGAGAGUUGUUCACCGUUUUGUUCCCAGUGGAGGGAUGUUAAAACCCAUAUUGAGUGAGUGUGUCACUCCAGUUACCUGUUACUGGAGUUUGGGGUUGGUCGUGCGUGGGGAAGCAGAGCUGUUGUUAGUGUUCCAGAUUUUUUUUCUGCAGAAAUUACGACCUCCGAUGAAGAUGUUGGUCUGUGUUUGGAAAGCUGUGUGUUCUGCCAGUGAUGGCAAGGAAAGAGUGGGUGCAGUUGUCCAGGACCAAUAACAUCACGUUCUUUGUGUGUAUACCUUUGAUUCAGCAACUCAUCCAGCUGGAAGCGGUCAGAGCCGUCUUGUGGACUAGGGCAGCUAGGCUGUUUCCUAGAGCCUCAAUUUGUUGAGGCCCAGAAAUUUUAAUUUUUUGUAAUUUUAUCAUGCAAGUAGUGUUGGGACAUAGUGUCUACAAUCAUUCUUGUUGAUAGUCAUACUUUCUGGUUAUUAUUGAAAGAAGGUUAUUAUUGGGGCGUCACAUUCCAUUAAAGGGGCGUCAC